AUGAUGAAGCUGAUCUUGUCUCUCACUCUCAUCUGGACUCUCUCCAGCACAGACCCUGGUGAUCUGAAGAAAAACGGCCUGCAGUGUUUCACCUGUGAUGAUCCAUAUUCUGCUGAGUGCAACAAGGCAGUACAGUGUGUGGGACACGAGGACCGCUGCUUUAGUGGGACUGAUUACCUCAUCAUGAUGAAGCUUAUGUUGUCUCUCACUCUUGCUGCUCAAAGUCAGACAACACUGGAGGCCAAACUUGGGGCCCUGCAGUGUCACUUUACCUGGGACCUGGACCCCAGCAGGUCCAAACUGUUCUGUCUCAGGGACACGCUGAAGGACAUCGGCACUGAGGAGGGAAACAGCUGGCUGGGUCACAUUUACAACCUGCAGGGGUACAUUCAAUACCAGCUGGGCUUCACUGAAGAUGCCCGGCUUUUCUUCAGCAGGGCUGCAGAGGCCUUGCGCCACAUGAGAAACACCUGCUCAGAUGAAGGUCCCUGGUUGGUCGUGAACUACGGGAACCUGGCUUGGUUGCACCACCAGCUGGGAGAACAAGCAGAGAGUCAGACUUACCUGUCAAAGGUCGACACCCUGCUGAAAGAAUACCCAUCUCCAUCAGAGGAUGAGCUUCAUCCAGAGAUCUACGCUGAAAAAGCCUGGACCCUGAUGAAGUUAGACAGAGACAAUAGGCUACUGGCUGCAGAUUACUUCGAGAGAGCCAUCAGGAUGCAGCCAGACAUGGUGGAGUGGCAGACCAGUCAUGUGAUAGCUUUAGUGAAUGUUUCUGGGCAUGGUGACGAACAGCUGGAUGAAAACAUCCUUGAGAAAAUGAAAAUUGCCAGAGAACACGAUCCAGACAACUUGUACCUUGCUGCUUUGUACCUUCAGGCAUGUGCAAAGAAGGGAAGAAAAAUUGAAGAUGAAGCACGUGAGUUGGCCGAAAAGGUUUUGAGAAAGCCACAAAGCAGCUACAGUGGUAUAAGACCAUUACUAAUGCUGUACAUAUUGUAUAUAUCUAAAGAUGAGGCUAUUGAUUUGGCAGAGGAGGCUCUGGAAAGACAGAUAAAUCCAGAUAAACGUCAUCUCAAGUGGUGUGCUGCAAUGUGUUACAAAUGGAGGGUUUACUCAGACAAAGACAAUCCCCUGGAGCCAAAAAAGAUAGACAGAGCAAUUAGUCUCCAUAAAGAAGUGAUCUCUCUUUACCCUGAUUCUUCACUUAAAGUAAAAAUAGCUCUUGCAAACAUACAUGCACAGCUGAAUCAUGGCCAGGAUGAUGCUGACCAGAUUUACCAGGAUCUGCUAGAAAGUAAUCUGGAACCUGCAGACAGACAGAUACUGUAUAACUGCUACGCCAAGUAUUUGUACUUUGAUCGAAAGGAAAGCUACAAGGCAAUAAAAUAUCACAUGAUGGCAGCAGAGAUACCAAAUCAAUCUGGCUAUCGUGAGAGCAGCAUCAGAGAGCUGAAGAAGAUUAAAGGAAGAAGACACUACAUGUGUGGAGAAAUUGAUGAGUUUCUUGCUAAGCUUCAAGACUAA